CGACAUACAUCGUACCGCCGGUAAAUAAACUUUGUGGCAAAUUUGGUCGCCACUGUAGUUUAUUUGAGAAUUUAAAUGAUAAAUUAAAAUCAAAUUUAACGCACUCUCCCUUCAAAAAGAUAAAAGCAAUUUUUCACUCCCAAAAAUUAAAUGGAGGUUCUCUCUUCAAAACCCUUGGUAGAACACACAAUUGAAGAACCUAAAUGAUGAUUUCCACCCAAAUCGUGAUUUUCACCCUUUUGCAUUGAAGAACCCAAAUAGAGGAGUGUUGUUUCUUUGCUCAAGUUUCUACAAUUUGGUUUUCGUAGUGUUUACUAGAAAACUUCAGAAAGACCCUCAAACUGGAGAAAAAGCAGCACCAGAUAGAGUGUGGGAGCUCCAACACAUGCAUAAAAAUGAUAAAGGAGAAAUUGUGUGGUCGGAUCCACAAUCACAAGAAGUUCAUGGCCGUAUUCAAGCUCUUGUAACUCAGCAACAAUCCGAAGAAAAUGAGAAUCCAAUGACUGGAGAUGAUAUUUUAGCGAAUGUACUUGGAGAGCGAACAGGCUACGUUUGCGGAAAAGGUCAUAGAAAGAGGCCUCCUAGAAAGAACCGCUUACAACCAGCAGAUGUUGAGGCUAGUGUGUCCUCUGCUAUGACAAAUAUACGUCAACAGAUACAAGUUGAGAUGCAAGCUAAGAUGGAUCAAAAAUUGCAAGAAAUUCGAGAGAAACUUCGUGACGAAAUGGACGGAAGAUUCCAAGAACAGAUGACAAUAGAAGUGUACAAAAGAAUUCAAGAACAAAUGGCCGUUAUAAUGUCCAAAAUGCAACAGGGACAAGGUUCUUAGCAGGAAGAAGAUUGUCAAUGAUGAGUUAGAAAUUAUUUUGUGAAGUUUUUGUGUAAUAGAAUGAUGAUGUAUUAUGAUGAGGUGUAUAUACAAUGAUCCUCAUCAAUUAUGGAGUGUUGUCUACUUUAUAUUAUGAAUUUUAUUAAUGAAAUGUUCUUAUAUGUCUUUUGAGAAA